AAGCGGACGGCGGCGGCGCUGGCGACUUAGCCCCCGGGCAGCUGUCGCCGUUCGCCAUGCGAGGCCUGGGCCCCGGCUUGACGGCCCGGCGGCUCCUCCCGCUGCUGCUCCCCCAGCGGCCGCCGCGGCCGCACGGGGCCCAGUUGUCCAGCGGGCCGGCGGCCGGCGCCCUCGAGCGGGCCAUGGACGAAUUGCUGCGCCGCGCCGUGCCGCCGAUGCCGGCCUACGAGCUGCGCGAGAAGACGCCGGCGCCCGCCGAGGGCCAGUGCGCCGACUUCGUGAGCUUCUACGGCGGCCUGGCCGAGGUGGCGCAGCGCGCCGAGCUGCUGGGCCGCCUGGCGCAGGGCUUCGGCGUGGACCACGGCCAGGUGGCCGAGCAGAGCGCCGGCGUGCUGCAGCUGCGCCAGCAGCCCCGGGAGGCGGCCGUGCUGCUGCAGGCCGAGGACCGGCUCCGCUACGCGCUGGUGCCCCGCUACCGCGGCCUCUUCCACCACAUCAGCAAGCUGGACGGCGGCGUGCGCUUCCUGGUGCAGCUGCGCGCGGACCUGCUGGAGGCGCAGGCCCUCAAGCUGGUGGAGGGGCCACACGUCCGGGAGAUGAACGGGGUCCUCAAAGGAAUGCUCUCAGAGUGGUUUUCAUCAGGGUUCCUGAACCUGGAGCGGGUCACCUGGCAUUCGUCGUGUGACGUGCUUCAGAGAAUCAGCGAAUCUGAGGCUGUGCACCCCGUGAAGAACUGGAUGGACAUGAAGCGACGCGUCGGGCCCUACAGGAGGUGUUUCUUCUUCUCUCACUGCUCCACGCCUGGGGAGCCGCUGGUCGUCCUGCACGUGGCGCUGACCAGUGACAUCUCCAGCAACAUCCAGGCCAUAGUGAAGGAGCAGCCUCCGUCCGAGGCCGAGGACAAGGACAGGAUUGCCUCUGCCAUCUUCUACUCCAUCAGCCUGACGCAGCAGGGGCUCCAGGGGGUGGAGCUGGGAACGUUCCUCAUAAAGCGGGUCGUCAAAGAGCUGCAGAAAGAGUUUCCUCACCUGGGGGCCUUCUCGAGUCUGUCACCCAUCCCUGGUUUCACCAAGUGGCUGCUGGGGCUCCUGAGCUCGCAGGCGAAGGAGCGAGGCCGGAGCGAGCUGUUCUCGGACUCUGAGUGCAGGGAGCUCGCUGAGCUCACCGGGGACCCUGUGCACGAGACCCUCAGGGGUCUCCUCAGCAGCAGCGAGUGGGCCAAGUCGGAGAAGCUGGUCCGGGCGCUGCAGGCACCCCUGAUGAGGCUGUGCGCCUGGUACCUGUAUGGAGAGAAGCACCGUGGCUAUGCCCUCAACCCCGUGGCCAACUUCCACCUGCAGAACGGGGCCGUGCUGUGGCGGAUCAACUGGAUGGCCGACAGCAGCCUGCGCGGCCUCACGGGCUCCUGCGGCCUCAUGGUCAACUACCGCUACUUCCUGGAGGAGACGGCGCCCAACAGCACCGCCUACCUCAGCUGUAAGACCAUCAAGGCCUCCGAGCAGGUCCUUAGCCUGGUGGCCCAGUUCCAGAAGAACAGUAAACUCUGAGCCCUGGCCCGGCCAGGGAGAGGCUCCUGUCCCGGAUACCGUGGCACAGGCGGCCAAAGGAGCUUCCAGGUCACGCCCUGACCGCCCCGUGCCAGGAAAGCCACACACCUGAACUGAGACAG